CAAAAGCAAAACGAAGAGAUUGAGUUUGAUGACUUGUUCUUGAACCCAAAUUUUACCCCUUUUUAGGGUUUCACUUUCCUCUCUCUUUCUUCCGAAAACUCUUCCCUUCCCUAAACCCCAUCUCACACCUCUCUAGAACAUUCGGGUGUUUAUCAUUUCCCAAUUAAAUCCACCAUUUUUUCUGGGCAAUCUCAAGACUGAUUCCUGCUAUCAGAUUACACUAAUUCUAUCAUCAAAGGUCGCAACUUCAUUUACUUAAUUCUGGGAUUAUUUUGAAAUUGUAUGGGGAAGUCUGGAGGAAGGAGAAAGAAGGGGGCAGGAAACCAAGUUUCAGCUGUUGAUGCUCAUAAUAACAAUGAUGCCAAUGCUGCUAAUAAUGGAAACAUAGAUUUGGAUUCAGCAGUGUUUCUUAAAAGAGCCCAUGAGCUAAAAGAGGAAGGGAAUAAGAGAUUUCAGGCUAAGGACUAUGUGGGUGCCCUUGAGCAAUAUGAAAAUGCUAUUAAGCUUAUCCCUAAAACCCACCCUGAUAGGGCUGUAUUUCACAGCAAUAGGGCAGCUUGUUUGAUGCAAAUGAGGCCUAUUGAUUAUGACAGUGUCAUUUCCGAGUGCACUAUGGCGCUUCAGGUUCAACCUCGGUUUGUUCGGGCCCUUCUCCGAAGGGCUCGUGCUUAUGAGGCUGUAGGGAAGUAUGAUAUGGGCAUGGCAGAUGUCCAGAUUCUGUUGGGUUCUGAUCCUAAUCAUGGGGAUGCGUUGGAUAUAGCCAGGAGGCUUCGAGCGGCUCUUGGGCCUCGUCAGGAGGCUCAACAGGAUCUCCAGAGCCGUCCUUCGCCUGCUGCUCUUGGAGCUUCUGCUGUUAGAGGUGCACCUAUUGCAGGGCUUGGCCCGUGUUUGCCUGCUAGGCCGCCUCCGACUAAGAAAGGUGGAGGAGUUGCUGGUGGGGGAACCAAUGGUGUAUCUAGUAUCAAGGGUGAAAAGGCACAAGUCGUAGCAAUAGAAAAUGGUCCUGAUGUCAAAACACAAAUGCCAAAAGUUGUGUUGAAACCUGCGACUGGUUCGUUUAAGCCCAAUAUUAAAUCAUUGAAGGAUAGCCUAAUGGAGCAAGCACCUGCAUCAUCAUCAUCCACUUCCCUGUCUGCUCUUAGGCCAUCUCAAGAGGUGGCCAUUCAGUGGAGGCAACUGAAGCUUGUGUAUGAUCAUGAUAUAAGACUAGCCCAAAUGCCGGUGAAUUGCAGCUUCAGAGUUUUAAGGGAGAUAGUGGGGCAACGAUUUCCAUCAUCAAAAUCUGUGUUAAUCAAGUACAAAGAUACUGAUGGUGAUUUGGUGACUAUAACUUGUACCAGUGAGCUUAAGUUAGCAGAAGCUUGUGUGGAUAACCUUGUGCCAAAAGAUCCAGAAAGUGAUAAGAUAGAUUCCGUUGGACUGUUAAGGUUGCAUAUUGUAGAGGUGAACCCUGAACAAGAACCGCCUUUGGUAGAAGAAGAAGAAGAGGAAGAGAAACCUAUGAAUAGCGAGGAUAUUAAGGGAGAUGAGAGUGGUUCGCCUUCUUCGCUUGGAGAUUUUGGAGUGGAUUCAAUUGAGACCGAGGCAGACAAGACAGAGGACAAGACAUCAAUAGAAAUCCACAAAGGGAAACCAGAGGUAUCAGAAGAAGCAGAAUGCAAGGAAGUAGAGAUGGAUGAUUGGUUGUUUGAGUUUGCUCAGCUGUUCCGAAACAAUGUUGGCAUUGACCCUGAUGCUCAUGUAGACUUGCAUGAGAUUGGAAUGGAGCUUUGUUCUGAGGCUCUUGAAGAGACGGUCACAAGUGAAGAGGCACAGCUUCUCUUUGACAAGGCUGCGCUGAAGUUUCAAGAGGUUGCUGCAUUGGCUUUCUUCAACUGGGGAAAUGUUCAUAUGUGUGCUGCAAGGAAAAAGAUCCCAGUAGAUGAGAAUGCUUCUCAGGAGGUGAAAGCUGCACAGCUGCAGAAAGCAUACCAUUGGGUUAAGGAAAAGUAUUCCUUAGCCAAAGAGAAGUAUGAAGAGGCACUUUCGAUUAAGCCUGACUUCUAUGAAGGGUUACUUGCAAUGGGGCAGCAGCAAUUUGAGAUGGCAAAGCUUCACUGGUCAUACGCGCAGGCUAAGAAAGACGAUCUUUCAAGCUGGGACUCAUCUGAAACAUUCCAACUCUUUGACAGUGCAGAGGAGAAGAUGAAAGCUGCUACUGAAAUGUGGGAAAAGUUAGAGGAGCAGAGAGCCAAUGAGCUAAAAGACCCAAGUUCAAGUAAGGUGGAGGAGUUGCUAAAGAGAAGAAAGAAACCAGGAAAUGAUGGGGAAUCCUCAGGUAAGAUCCCUAGUGAGCCUACUCCUGAGGAACUAGCUGAGCAAGCAGUUGUAAUGAGAUCACAGAUUCAUCUCUUCUGGGGUAAUAUGCUAUUUGAGCGGUCUCAAAUUGAAUUUAGAUUGGAAGUUGCUGAUUGGAAUAAGAAUCUCGAUGCUGCUGUUGAACGUUUUAAGUUAGCAGGAGCUUCAGAAGCUGAUAUUUCUACAGUUACAAGCAAUCAUUGCUCUAAUGGAGAUCUAGCGGGAGGAGAGGAGAAGAAAGAUAAUAAUGUAAUUGUGUCUGCUGAAGCAGGUGUCCAGGCUGAAGGAACAUGAUUUAGUUGAUAAAAUAACAAGCUUGCCAGUUUUUCAAGCAUCCCAGAAUUUAUCACUAGCAUGAGAUGAUAACUUAGGAUGUCCUAAGGUAAAGACACGGUAGAUUUCAUCCCUUUCAAAUGCAUAAGCCAGGCUCAGAAGUUGGUGGUUUGGUACUCAUGCAAGACUAGCGGUUGAUGAUUUCAGGAUAACCUGUGUUAUGUGAUGAUUAUGUUACACAAUUGUAGCAGUUUUGUUCUUUUUUUUUUUUAAUAAUUAGAACCUUUUACUGAUAGAUUUUUUUUUCUUUCUUUUCCCCAUUUGUUUGGCUUGCUUAAACUUAAUAUUGAAUUUUUGGGUGCCGAAUUUUUCAUAUUUGUAAUGUCUCAAUUUUUGGGUUUUAUGUUUCA